UAGCAGACUCCUACUUUGCCAGCUCCAUAAAUCUCUCUGCAGAAGAAGUGAGUCAGUAGAUGCGAUGGAAGGGAGUGUAAGUCACAGAAACAUCUAUGAAGUUUUCUCUUUCCACAGCAAGGGCUGUAUGACACUGACAAGGAGAAGACAGCCUCUGUGAUGAUGAGGGCUCACUCCUGAGACUUCAUCAUCCACUUCUGUGCAACCCUGCCCUCAACCAGAAACUAAGCCUUGGUGACCUGCAAGGGUGACACACAUGAAUGUGUUGCUGUGCUGAAGAGAUGAUGAGUGUUUUGGGCAAAGGGGAAAUUUGACAUGCCCACAUCUGAACUGGAAUACAGACAUACCAUAAAGGUUGCUGGAAAAACUGGCUCACUGGGAGACUCCACAGGUAUAUCUAUACAGGCUAACAAGAGACAGGUGGCAUACUUAUCAUUUAAAGGUCUGAUGAGACAACUCUAUCAAUCUGAAAUCCAUUGGUGGUGAUUAUUUUUGAGACAUGUAUGCUUAGGAAUUCCACUUGUGCCCCUAGGAACCGAAGUGCGGCAGGGGUGGGACGUAUCUUGGUGCUAGGUGCACGUGUUUUUUGGUAGGGAGUAUGCAGAGGGCAUCACUGCCUUUCCUAGGGUUGCUCUUGGUCUCCUGCUCCUUGCUGUUGUCCCUGACUCUGGGGACCCUUGUGGACAGCAGCAGGAGAUCCAACAUGGACAGUGGAUUCGUGUACAGGCGCCUGAAGAGCCACGAAAAGAGGGAGAUGCAGAAAGAGAUUCUCUCCCUCCUUGGUCUGCCCCACAGACCUAGACCGGUGCAUGGACUUAACCUCUCCAAACAGAACCAGGCAGGGAAACUCAACUCGGCUCCUCUAUUCAUGCUGGAUCUGUACAAUGCCAUGUCUGGCCAGGAACAAGCAAUAGACACUAAAGGUUGGAUACAGAGAUCAACACCAUACAGUCACCAGCUGAAGGUCAAAAGCCUCCUGAGUUCUCCCCACAGCAGCUUUCAGGACAGUACAUUCCUCAACGAUGCGGACAUGGUCAUGAGCUUCGUCAACCUGGUUGAAUACGACAAAGAGUUAUCACCCCGACUACGACAUCAUAAAGAAUUCAAGUUUAACUUGUCCCAGAUCCCAGAGGGUGAAGCAGUGACUGCUGCAGAGUUCCGCAUUUACAAGGACUGCAUUCUGGGCAGCUUUGAGAACCAAACUUUCUUAAUCAGUAUUUAUCAAGUAUUAACAGAGCACCGAAACAGUAGGGAAUCUGAUUUAUUUUUGUUGGACACCCAGACAGUAUGGGCUUCAGAAGAAGGUUGGCUGGAAUUUGACAUCACUGCAACGAGCAAUUUGUGGAUUAUGAACCCUCGGCACAAUCUUGGACUUCAGCUUAGCGUGGAAACCACAGAUGGUCAGAAUGUUAACACCAGAACCGCGGGGUUGGUUGGCAGAGAUGGCCCUUAUGACAAGCAGCCGUUUAUGGUGGCCUUUUUUAAAGCAAGUGAAGUUCACCUAAGGACAACAAGAUCGACCGCAAGCAAACGCAAAAAUCAAAAUCGAAACCGCUAUACUCAAUCACAAGAUGUGUCCAGAGUAUCCAGUGUAACAGAUUACAACAGCAGUGAUCUCAAAACAGCAUGUCGGAAGCAUGAACUGUACGUAAGUUUUCAAGAUCUUGGAUGGCAGGACUGGAUAAUUGCACCAAAAGGCUACGCAGCAAAUUACUGUGGUGGAGAAUGCUCUUUCCCUCUGAACGCCCAUAUGAAUGCCACAAACCACGCUAUUGUACAGACUCUGGUUCAUCUAAUGAAUCCAGAGUACGUUCCAAAGCCAUGCUGUGCUCCAACUAAGCUCAAUGCCAUCUCUGUGCUCUAUUUUGAUGACAACUCCAAUGUCAUCCUGAAGAAGUACAGAAAUAUGGUGGUAAGAGCAUGUGGAUGUCAUUAAAGGUCAAGGAACAAGCCCGCCAAUCAUUUACUCCAGAUGGAUUAAAGCCCAAACGAGAGGGAGGAGAGAAUUCAGUCAACCCUGGCAUUCCAAUCAGGCACAGGCAGUCUUUAUACGGCACUUGCUUAUUUACAAGAACGUCAGUUGUGGUUUGCAAACCUAAAUUCGCCUUAUUGCCAUGGUGCAAUAAACACUAUUCCACCAGGGGCAUGUGAAGGUAAAAGAUUACACCAAAAUGAGUUUCUGCAAGUUUUUAUUUGUUAGCUUGGAUCAAGCUGUAUUUCACCUUGUUUAAAAAAAGAAAUAAUAAAAUAAUAUAUAUACGAUUAUAUAUGUAUUAACACCUAUUGGUGCUUUGGUGGUCGUGACCUCAGACAGUCCGAGGGUUCGCAAUGUUAAAAGAAAGUAUUUAAUUUUCAGAGAUAUUUGAAUUGGUUUAGAACGUGAUUAUAGAGCUGGCAAUAGUUGUCGCUGAUGUAUCUGUAAAUAUAUGUCUUCCAGACAUCUGCUACUGUUACUGAUUAGUCCAGGAGAGUGGGAACUCUUUUCCAAGGGUAUAGUAGUCUUUUAUUAAAGAGCUUGAAGGCCUGGGAAGCAUGCAACUCCUUAUGUUUUUCGUCUGCCAGGCUAUGGGCUAGUUAAAUGUCCGCAUGGAUUUUGUACUUAAUUCGAAUGUAAACAUCCUUCCCAGGGACUUUCAUUAUCAAAAUUUAUCAGUUUUAAGCAUCUCAUAAUACUAGGAUCAACUUGGCUGUCUGCCUAACCAGCACUCAAAAGCCUCAAGAGCCAUUCUAUUGAUUCACUGUAAAUGUAAAAGUCUAGGCCCCAGCCUAACCCGCUGUGUCCUGUUUUACACACUCCUUUGAAGUUUGAUCUGCUUAGCUGUGGUCAUAUUCAUUUUGUGUAAUACUGUUCUUAUAGCCUGUUUUUCCAUGUGUCUCACAUUUAAUUUCUACUCAGACUGUCAGAGUGCAGAAAAAUGUCUUUAAAUAAAAUUAUUUUUCACACCAUAAACAAA